AUGAAAUGAACUGGAAAUUAACAUGCACUGAUCGAAAUUGCUGCUUGAUAAUUUCUCGCACUCUCCUAAAUAUGAAAUUCUUGACGUCAUUUAAUAAUUUUCAACGUCAGACGAUGGAAAAUUCCUCUCCGUGUAGACGGCAAUUUUAUAAUAAUUAAAGCAUGAUCAUUAACAUUUGCAUCACCUUCCUUUUUUUUCAUGAUAUGAUCUAAGAUCCUAAAGUCACUGAUGAAUUAAAAACCAUUAAAUAAAGUUUAUCUACUCUCUUCUUGACACUUCUGACAGAAUGCGAAAUGUUUGUGUUUUAAAUGGAGUUUGAAUGGAGUUUUCAGUGACGGUGGCCUUCGUUUAAGAUUUAGAAAAAUAAAUUUUAAGUUUGUGUCAUAAUGACGACGUUGAAGACUGGCUGCGUGAACUCGGAAGUAGAAGAAAUAUAAAACAACAAUGAAUUAAUGAAGUGUCGGUGACGACGAUGGCUUUGAGAUGGUAACAAUUCCGGAAUGGCACCAAUAAGAAGCCAUGAAAUUUUGAUAAAAGAAGCGGAAAUUGCAACGCUUAUUCUAUCGGGACAGGAAGUGACUCACUCUUCACUUAUACAAAAUAAAUUUUAUGUCCUUCAUCAGUCAUGUGAUUUUGAUACACGAACACGAGCGAAUUCUUUUUCACGGUCGACUCGUUCUGACGAAAUUUUUCUUCAUUACAUUCAAAACUGCUCCUGAUGACUUAAUGUCGCUUUCUCAAUUAAUUACUUUAUUAAACGUGUAAAUAAAAUCCUUCUUAUCUGAUCCUCGUGUUCCAUAUGAUAUUGAAAC